CUUUGACUAAGAGGAGAACUUUUGCCUGCUCUUAGCAGCCAAACACAGCGGAGAGUCCCAACCACACUCAGCAAGGAGCUGCUUCUACUGGUAGCGUCCGGCUGACCCAGUCAACACUUACGCCUUGCGAGCAGGCCUCCAGAAUCCAGCUAGAUUCUCUACUAUGUGGCUCUACGUGCUGCUGGUGAGCUGCCUCUGGGCUGCAGUUUGGUACCUCCGUGACCGGCAGAUGUUGAGCUCCUUCAAGGAUAAGUAUGUUUUCAUCACAGGCUGUGACACUGGCUUUGGGAACAUGCUGGCCAAGCGACUUGACAAGAAGGGCUUUCACGUGCUGGCAGGUUGCCUAACCCUGAAGGGAGCUGACAGUCUGCAGCGGGCCACGUCCCCGAACCUCCGCACGACACUGAUCGACGUCACAAAUUCCGAGAGCAUCCGCAAAGCGGUAGAGUGGGUGCGGACGGAAGUGGGUGAAAAAGGGCUCUUUGGAUUGGUGAACAAUGCAGGUGUGGCCAACCCCAUUGGACCCACAGAGUGGAUGCGCAUAGAUGAUUACCGCAAAGUCAUGGCUGUUAACACCUUUGGGGUAAUUGAAGUCUCUCUGGCCUUCCUGCCUCUCCUCAAACAGGCCCGUGGCCGUGUGGUCAACAUUUCCAGCGUUCUGGGUCGUCUCUCAGGCAAUGGCGGUGGCUACUGUGUUUCCAAAUACACAAUUGAAGCCUUCUCCGACAGCCUUAGGAGGGAUAUGUAUCACUUCGGAGUAAAGGUUUCCAUCGUGGAGCCAGGCUUCUUCAAGACUGCAGUGACCAACCUAGAAUCUAUAGAGGCUUCCUUGCGGCAACUUUGGGACCACAUGACCCCUGAGACGCGGCGGAGCUACGGAGAAGACUUCUUUCCAAACUAUGUGAAAGUCCAGAACUUCAUAAUGAACAUCAUCUGUGACCCAGAUCUCAGCAAAGUGACCAACUGCAUGGAACAUGCUCUGCAGGCCAAGCAUCCCCGGACUCGAUACAGCGCUGGCUGGGAUGCCAAGUUUCUGUGGCUUCCGGCCUCCUACCUGCCUGCUUUCAUAGUGGAUAUUGCGCUGGCUACCAUCCUACCAAAGCCAGCCCACCGCGUCCGCUAGACUCCCAAGUCUCUUCUCUCUGUUCUAGACCAAGCCUUUUGGCCCAGCUACUGGUGUAAAAGAAACAAUGAACUGUGCAGAAAUAAAUCGGUCGUCACAUUAAAGCCAA